AUGUACGAGCUCAACGAAAGCAGCUUUGACCCCAUCACCUUCGUCCUGACGGGCAUCCCGGGCAUGGAGGACUCCCACGUGUGGAUCUCCGUCCCUUUCUGCCUGAUGUACAUCGCUGCGGUCUUCGCCAACUCCAUCCUCCUCUUCGUCAUCGUCAGGGACAGGAGCCUCCACGAGCCCAUGUACCUGUUCCUCGCCAUGCUGGCCGUCGCCGACCUCAUGCUUUCCACCGCCACGGUGCCCAAAACCCUGGCCAUCUUCUGGUUCAGUGCCAGGGAGAUCUCCUUCGACGCCUGCGUCACUCAGAUGUUCUUCACCCACUUCAGCUUCAUCGUGGAGUCGUCCGUCCUGCUGGCCAUGGCCUUCGACCGCUACGUGGCCGUCUGCGACCCUCUGCGUUACUCCUCCACCCUCACCCCGCCCGUCAUCGCCAAGAUCGCCGCGGCCGCCGUCCUCCGCGGCUUCUGCAUCAUGUUCCCGCCCAUCUUCCUGCUGAAGAGGCUGCCGUACUGCGGGCACAACGUCAUGGCGCACACCUACUGCGAGCACAUGGGCAUCGCGCGCCUGGCCUGCGCCGACAUCAGGGCCAACGUGUGGUACGGGCUCACCACGGCUCUGCUGUCCUCCGGCCUGGACGUCGCGCUGGUCGCCGUCUCCUACGGCCUGAUCCUCAGGGCCGUGUUUCGGCUGCCGUCGCCGGAGGCCCGUCUCAAAGCGCUGAGCACCUGCGGCUCGCACCUCUGCGUCAUCCUCGUGUUCUACGUGCCGGCUUUCUUCUCUUUCCUCACACACCGCUUCGGCCGGCGCAUCCCCAGCCACGUCCACAUCCUCCUGGCCAACCUCUACGUGGUGGUGCCGCCGAUGCUCAACCCCCUGGUGUACGGCGUGAGGACGCGGCAGAUCCGGCAGCGUGUGGCCCGGCUCGUGGGCCUGGCGGGGGACGGCUCGUGGCCCGGCUCGGGGGGCAGCUGCUGA